AACGUGGUCUUUCUCCUCGUUCAAUUCAUGAAUUAUUUUGCGUCUUAGGGCCCGAUCUCUAGGCGCAAAUUCCCAUUCAGUGUGAUUGACGUGCGAGUUGGAGGGUCAUCUCCGAAGGUACGUUCUCGCAUCUUCUGACCUGAAAUCUCAGUAGGAAAGCCCGAAAAAAAAUUCUCAGCAAUUGUCGAUACUUUUUUUUCUGACUCUUUCUCUGGUUUUCCAUCUCUAUUUCACUGCGGGAUCGAGAAAUGUGUUAAAAAUUUCGUACGAAUGGGUACCCAACACAUUUAGUUGAGUGUAAUAGCUUCGGGACUUGGAUGUGUGGGACUUUUGUGGAGAUGGUGUGUGAGUGUUUGGGGGGACUAUACAGCCACUGCAUUUGCCUUCGAACCACAAUAAAUGUAUUUUUGUUAAGAGGCACAUCGUCAGUUAGUCGUGGACUCGAGAUUGUGCGGUUGAGUUUUUCAGUGCUGAGAACACUUUCGGUGCCUUUUCUUCAUGAAUAACGUUCCUCGAUACUAAAAUCCACUCUUUUAUUUUCGCGCAAAUUCCUCCUUUUCUCGUUUCUUUGGUGGAAUUCUCCAAAAAAGAGCUAAACCUCCUAAAUUUUUAUAGUGAUUUUCAUCGGGAGUUACUAAAUCGCGGGUGAUCUAAGAGAAAAUUUUGGCGGUAUUUCGGCAGCAUUCUGCACAGAAAGAACCAUCUUGGAAGGAGGAUAUCGCCUUUUCAGCUAUAAGUGUCUCGUGGGUGAACGAUGACGGACAAGAUAAAGGAAGAGAAGCCGCUCAACGGCGAUGAAGCCAUUACACUCCCGGAGAGACCACAGAGACCAAUGAGUGCAGGACAAAAAUGUUCACAAUUCAUCUCAGUGUACUGGAGAUCGAUGGUGGUCGUCUUCACGCCAUUCCUCCUCCUGCCAGUUUUUCUGCUAAAUGAAGGACCGGCCUACAGAUGUAUGUACGUGGUCCUUCUCAUGUCAGUUUACUGGGUGACAGAAGCCCUGCCCCUGGCAAUCACAUCCAUGAUCCCAAUGGUUUUAUUCCCCAUAAUGGGGGUCCUAGACACAGAGAGAACCUGCAUGAUGUACAUGAAAGAGACAAUGUUGAUGUUCAUCGGUGGUCUUAUCAUAGCUCUAGCUGUGGAAUAUUGCAAUCUCCACAAACGCGUGGCUCUCAAAGUGAUCUCACUGAUUGGAUGCAGUCAACGAAGAUUAAACUUUGGCCUCAUUACUGUUACCAUGUUUGUCUCAAUGUGGAUUUCCAACACUGCUGCUGUUGCUAUGAUGUGUCCCAUUAUGCAGGCUGUUUUGGAAGAAUUAGAAUCACAGGGUCUGUGCAAGAUGUUCCUGGAUAAGCCAAAGGCAGCUGAAGAAGAGGGAAUGCUGGGUAAAGAUAAGACUGACGAUGAGCCCAAGAAACCCUCAAAGACAACGAUCUGCUACUUCGUGGGAGCAGCCUAUGCCUCGACUCUCGGUGGCUGUGGAACAAUCAUUGGAUCUGGUACCAAUCUCACCUUCAAGGGAAUCUACGAAAGUCGGUUUCCUGAUGCCCCUGGCUUGGACUUCCCCAAGUGGAUGUUCUACAAUGUACCUGGAAUGCUGAUCUUCACCUUCCUCACCUGGGCCUACCUCCAGUGGGUGUACAUGGGUCUCUUCCGUCCAAACAGCCCUGAAGCCAAGUCCUCUCAGCUGGGAAAGGAGGGUGAGGCUGUUGCUCGGUCUGUGAUUGAGACACGUCUUAAGGAAUUGGGUCCUAUGAGUUCGCACGAGAAAUCCGUGGCUUUUCUCUUUCUCCUCUCCGUUGUACUCUUCUUCACACGUGCCCCUGGCUUCAUGACAGGAUGGGCUGAAGCUCUUACGCAUAUCAAAGUCAAGGAUGCCACUCCGGCCAUCUUCAUUGUCAUUGUUCUCUUUAUCAUCCCUGCCAACUGGAAGUUCCUCAAUUACUUCAAGAGGCACUCAACUGCUGCCAAUCUGCCCAAGACACCAACUCCUGGACUCAUCACAUGGAAGUACAUUCACACCAAGGUCCCAUGGAGUUUGAUCUUCUUGCUGGGUGGUGGAUUUGCUCUUGCUGAGGGAGGACGCGAAUCGAAAAUGUCAGAACUCCUUGGCAAUUCUCUUGCUGGUCUCAAGACACUGCCACCUCUUCUUCUGCUCUUUGUCGUGUGCCUAACAGCUUCCUGCCUCACAGAAUUCACCUCCAACGUUGCCAUCGCUAACAUUAUGUUGCCAGUUCUUGCAGAAAUGGCCAUUGCAAUUGAAGUCCACCCUCUGUUCCUGAUGUACCCAGCUGCCCUGAGCUGUAGUAUGGCCUUCCACAUGCCAGUAGGGACACCCCCUAAUGCCAUCGUAGCCGGAGUUGGCAAUAUUGCCACAAAAGACAUGGCCAUUGCUGGAAUUGGACCAACAAUCUUCACCCUCAUCGUUGUAUGGGCAAGUUUCCCAACAUGGGGAGCUGUGGUCUACCCCGAACUGUCUACCUUCCCAGACUGGGCCAGGCAUGGAUCAGCAGCAGCCACAGUAGCCAAUGCCACGGUCACUGCCAUAGCCAAUGCCACGAUGACAUAAAGUGGAUUACCUCAAAACCUCUCUUUGGAGCUUUCAAUCAGAAAAAUUACAUAUUAGUUGUUGCAUUUCUCUCAUGAGGAUUCAGUUGAAUGUGCAUGUGGUGCGAUUUUCUUGUGCCACUUAAUUAAUCAAAAAAAAAUUCUACGAUAGGUAGAAUCUUGGAAUUUAAGUAGUGCCUAAAAAGUGACUUUUUAAGUGGUGCAAAUCACCUAAAAAAAGCUAAAUAUUUAACUGAGACGGAAAAUCAGUUCCAGAAGCAUUCAAGAUACUUUGCGCAGUAUAGACUACUCUUCAUUGCCUCUUAGGUGCGUGUUUUUUUUAAGUAAUAAGUGCAAUUUUUUUGUUAAUUUGUGCCGCAGAAGAAAAUCACUCAAUGUGCGUUAUGACAUUUAUCACUGAGAAUUUUCUCUUUCGAACGAAUCCUGACCAUAAAAUACCAGCCUUUUCCAUUUUUGGGGGAAUAAGGCGAUGUAAUUUAUAGAGAAUUUGUUUUGAGGGAUCGGGAGAGAUUAAUUUAGCAAUAAUAGUUUUAUUAAAUUAAUAGUAGAAUCACGUCAUGAAGCAUUUACUUAAGAUGAAGUUGAAAAUAAUGCAGAAUACUAAUAAAUUUUGUCAUAAGUUUCUUUUAAUUAGAAGAAGAAAAAAAAAGAAAAACAAUUUAAGAGAGAAAACUCAAGGUCUGUCUUCCAUAUGUUAACACAGUUUAACCAUACACUCGGGUGUUAUUUUACUUGGAUUUUACUACUAAAAUGAAGUACAGCCGAAACAAAAUGAAAAUAGUGUCUUUGAGAAUAGAAAUAUUGGUGGAACAGGGAGGCUACAGCGACAAGUCCAACAAGAAAGAAUUAUUCUUUUGUGUAAUCUGGGGACAAUAAACCACAUUUUACCUGUAUGCUCAAAUGUAGAGAAUGUACAUAUACUUUUUUUUCUAUAAAAAUAAUAUUUUUGUAAUUGUAUACCGUUUGGAGAGAAUUUAGUUUCCAGAGACGUAUUCAGAAAACAAGGAAAAUUUAUGUGUACACAGAAAACACCGAUAUUAAUAAUUGUUAAAGUUGUCACAGUGAUAUAGAAGUAGAAAAUACUUAUAGUGAAUAAAGAAAUAAUAUCUAAAGAAAA